UUAAAGCCCAACCUCCCCGAAUACAGCCUGUCUGGGAGUUUCCCUAACCCCGGCUCAGCUGUGCUUAUCCCUGCCUUUUCAGCGCCACGAGUCCUCCGUCUGGGAUUCGACUCCUCUCCACUCGCCGGAGUUUCCUCGCCACCCACAUUGGGCAUGGGCGGACCCCAGCCUCCCCGCCUCCUGCCCCGCCUCCCCGCCCGCCGGCCUCGGGCCGCGCAGGCGCACCAGGCGCGGUCGGGAGGCCGAAGGCGACCACAACAGCCUCCGCCUCCUGCUGCCCCGGCGGGUUCUGCGCUGGGAUAGUCGGCUGCGACCUGGGCUGUGCCGGGCAGUGGCUUCGCGGACGACGCGUCGCCAUGGGCUCUCGCUGGAGCAGCGAAGAGGAGAGGCAGCCUCUGCUGGGGCCCGGGCUCGGGCCUGGAUUAGGGGCGGCCUGGAGAAGCCGGGAGGCAGCGCCUGUGCUGCCGGCGGCGGCCGCGGGUCCUGGGCGGGUGUACGGACGCCGCUGGCUGGUGCUGCUGCUCUUCUCGCUGCUGGCGUUCGUUCAGGGCCUGGUCUGGAACACCUGGGGUCCCAUCCAGAACUCGGCGCGCCAGGCCUACGGCUUCUCCAGCUGGGACAUCGCGCUGCUCGUGCUGUGGGGGCCCAUCGGCUUCCUGCCCUGCUUCGCGUUCAUGUGGCUCCUGGACAAGAGAGGUCUCCGAAUAACUGUGCUCCUGACAUCCUUCCUUAUGGUUUUGGGAACAGGUCUAAGAUGCAUACCUAUAUCAGACUUAAUGCUUAAAAGAAGAUUAAUUCAUGGAGGACAGAUGUUAAAUGGAUUGGCAGGUCCAACUGUAAUGAAUGCAGCGCCAUUUCUCUCCACGACGUGGUUUUCUGCAGAUGAAAGGGCCACAGCCACAGCUAUUGCAUCAAUGCUCAGUUAUCUUGGGGGAGCAUGUGCAUUUUUAGUUGGACCACUUGUUGUUCCAGCUCCCAAUGGGACAUCACCUCUUUUUACUACAGAGAGCAGCAGGGCGCAUAUUAAAGAUCGCAUAGAGGCUGUGUUAUAUGCAGAAUUUGGAGUUGUCUGCUUAAUAUUUUCUGCAACACUAGCUUAUUUCCCACCCCGACCUCCUCUUCCUCCCAGUGUUGCUGCAGCUAGCCAGCGCCUGAGUUAUCGGAGGAGCUUUUGUAGAUUAUUAAGCAAUUUUAGAUUUCUGAUGAUUGCUUUAGCAUAUGCCAUACCACUUGGUGUAUUUGCUGGCUGGUCUGGAGUUCUGGACUUAAUUUUAACACCAGCACAUGUCAGCCAAGUAGAUGCUGGCUGGAUUGGAUUUUGGUCCAUAGUUGGAGGCUGUGUUGUUGGAAUAGCUAUGGCAAGGUUUGCAGAUUUUAUCAGAGGUAUGCUGAAACUAAUUCUUCUCCUCCUGUUUUCUGGAGCUACACUGUCAUCCACGUGGUUCACCCUGACCUGUUUGAACAGCAUCACACACCUACCUUUAACUACAGUGACAUUAUAUGCCUCCUGCAUUCUCCUGGGAGUCUUCUUGAAUAGCAGUGUACCUAUAUUUUUUGAGCUUUUUGUGGAAACUGUCUACCCAGUUCCAGAAGGAAUUACUUGUGGAGUUGUCACUUUUUUAAGUAAUAUAUUUAUGGGAGUACUUUUAUUUUUUCUCACAUUUUAUCAUACAGAGUUGUCUUGGUUCAAUUGGUGCCUUCCCGGGUCGUGUUUGCUCAGUCUCCUCCUCAUUCUGUGCUUCAGGGAAUCCUAUGACAGACUCUAUCUUGAUGUGGUUGUCUCCGUUUAAUAGCACAGACUUGAAGGAGUUUAAAAGGAGGCUAGAAGUCAAUACUGCACACUGCACAUUUGCUCGGAAUUGCACAUCUAACGGGAAAAGAAGAAGAAAGAAACUUCAUUCAGAGGUUUUGUUAGGUUACAGAUUAUCACAUUAAUUUAAUUACUACUAGGUAAUAAUAAUGGGGACUUGAGUGAUAAUAGGGGAUUUUGAAACUCUACAGAUGGCAUACCUGUGCCUGAUUCUGGGGUUGGAAGUAUGACGUCUUACACGUAAAGCACUACCUAAGUAAUUCUCUGUUUUGUGCCAGUACUAAACUACUGAUUACUUGUAAUUAUGAAAAGAAAUAAAGGGUGUCUAUCACAUGAAGAUAACGCCUUCCCUAAGUCACAUAUCAGAAUAGGAAGAUAUGCCACUAACUUCUGAAGAAGUUCAAACCCUGUAUCCAGUUUUAAAGAUAAAAUAGCCAAGAGGUAUGUCGAUGAUAGAAAUUAGCCACGUGUACACUACAUUUUUUUUUCUAAUAAAGCCAUUUCUUAUAUGACUCCUUA